AUGCUUGAUUUAGAGCGUCAUGCAUGGCUGUUAGUGAACGGUGAACAUGCACGCAAGAAGUAUGAGUGCAUGACUGCGUGCCUUCUAAACCAUUGGUCCGAACAUGGUAAUGGCCCACGACUUGAUAGUGGUUCAGGAUUUGAUAAUGGUCCAGGUCUUGACAGCGGUCCAGGACUUGACAGUGGUCCAGGACUUGAAAACGGUCCAGUACACGAUAGUGAUCCAGGACUUGAUAAUGGUCCAGGACGUGGCAGUGGUCCAGAACUUGAUAAUGGUUUAGGAAUAGACAGUGGUCCAGAACUUGAUAAUGGCCCAGGUGUUAAUAUUGGCCCAGGUGUUAAUAUUGGCCCAGGACAUGAUAAUGGUAGAGGACUUGACAGUGGUCCAGGACUUGAUAAAGGUUCAGGAAUUGACAGUGGUCCAGGACUUGAUAAUGGCCCAGGAGUUAAUAUUAGUCCAGGAUUUGAUAAUGGUAGAUUACCUGACAGUGGUCUAGGACUUGACAGUGGUCUAGGACUUGAUAAUUUCCAACGACUUGAUAGUAGUCCAGGACAGGCCAGACUUGACAAUGGUCCUGGACAUGACAGUGGUCCAGGACUUGAGUAUGGUCUAGGACUUGAUAAUGGUCCAGAAUUUGAUAAUAGUCCAAGACUUGAUGAUGGUCCAAGGCUUGAUAAUGAACUUGAUAAUGGUCCUGGACAUGACAGUGGUCCAAAACUUGAUAAUGGUCUAGGACUUGAUAAUGGUCCAGACUUUGAUAAUAGUCCAAGACUUGAUAAUGGUCCAAGGCUUGAUAAUGGUCUUGACAGCGGUCCAGGACUUGAUAAUAGAUCAGGAAUUGACAGUGGUCCAGGACUUUAUAAUGGCCCACGACUUGAUAGUGGUCCAGGUUUUGAUAAUGGUCCAGGACUUUAUAAUGGCCCACGACUUGAUAGUGGUUCAAGACUUGACAAUAGUCCAGGACUUGAUAAUGGUCCAGAACUUGAUAGUGGCCCAGGACAUAAUUAUGGUCCAGGACUAGGCAGUUGUCCAGGACUUGACAGUCGUCGAGGACUUGAUAAUGGCCCAGGACUUGACAGUGAUCCAAGACUUGACAGUGGUGCAGGACAUGAUAAUUGUCCAGGACGUGACAGUGGUACAGGACUUGAGAUUGGGUCAGGAAUUGACAGUGGUCCAAAAGUUGAUAAUGGUCCAGGACUUGAUUAUGACGAAGGAAUUGAUAAUGGUCCAGGACUUGAUUAUGACGAAGCACUUGAUAAUGGUUUUGAUACUGGUCCAGGACUUUAUAAUCUCCCACGACUUGAUAGUGGUUCAAGACUUGACAAUAGUCCAGGACUUAAUAAUGGUCCAGAACUUGAUAGUGGCCCAGGACAUAAUUAUGGUCCAGGACUUGGCAGUUGUCCAGGACUUGACAGUGGUCGAGGACUUGAUAAUAGCCCAGGACUUGACAGUGAUCCUAGACUUGACAGUGGUCAAGGACAUGAUAAUGGUCCAGGACGUGACAGUGGUCUUGACAGCGGUCCAGGACUUGAUAGUAGAUCAGGAAUUGACAGUGGUUCAGGACUUUAUAAUGGCCCACGACUUGAUAGUGGUCCAGGUUUUGAUAAUGGUCCAGGACUUUAUAAUGGCCCACGACUUGAUAGUGGUUCAAGACUUGACAAUAGUCCAGGAUUUGAUAAUGGUCCAGAACUUGAUAAUGGCCCACGACAUAAUUUUGGUUCAGGACUUGGCAGUGGUCCAGGACUUGACAGACUUGAUAUACGUCCAGGAAUUGAUAAUGGUCCUGGACAUGACAGUGGUCUAGGACUUGAUAAUGGUCUAGGACUUGAUAAUGGUCCAGAGUUUGAUAAUAGUCCAAGACUUGAUAAUGGUCGAAGGCUUGAUAAUGGACAUGAUAAUGGUCCAGGACUUUAUAAUGGCCCACGACUUGAUAGUGGUUCAAGACUUGACAAUAGUCCAGGACUUGAUAAUGGUCCAGAACUUGAUAGUGGCCCAGGACAUAAUUAUGGUCCAGGACUUGGCAGUUGUCCAGGACUUGACAGUUGUCGAGGACUUGAUAAUGGCCCAGGACUUGACAGUGAUCCAAGACUUGACAGUGGUCCAGGACAUGAUAAUGGUCCAGGACGUGACAGUGGACUUGAUAAUGGUCCUGGACAUGACAGUGGUCCAAAACUUGAUAAUGGUCUAGGACUUGAUAAUGGUCCAGAAUUUGAUAGUAGUCCAAGACUUGAUAAUGGUCCAAGGCUUGAUAAUGGACUUGACAGUGGUCCAGGACAUGAUAGUGGUCCAGGACUUGUUAUUGGUCAAGAACUUGAUAAUGGUCUAGGACUUGAUAAUGAUUUUGGAUUUGAUAGUGGUUCAGGACUUGACUGUGGUCCAGGACUUGAUAAUGGCUCAGUACUUGAUAGUAGUCCAGAACUUGACAGUGGUCAAGGACUUGAGAAUGGCCUAAGACUUGACAAUGGUCCAGGACUUUUUAAUGGCUCAAUACUUGAUAGUGAACCAGGACUUGACUUUGAUCAAGGACUUGAUAACGGACUAGGAAUUGAUAAUGGAUUUCACAAUGGUCCAGGACUUUAUAAUGACCCACGAUUUGAUAGUGGUUCAAGACUUGACAAUAGUCCAGGACUUGAAAAUGGUUUAGAACUUGAUAGUGGCCCAGGACAUGAUUAUGGUCCAGGACUUGGCAGUUGUCCAGGACUUGACUGUGGACGAGGACUUGAUAAUGGCCCAGGACUUGACAGUGAUCCUAGAAUUGACAGUGGCCCAGGACAUGAUAAUGGUCCAGGACGUGACAGUGGGAUUGAUAAUGGUCCAGAACUUGACAGUAGACCAGGACUUAAUAGUGUUUCAGGAAUUGAUAAUGGCCCAGGACUUCAUAAUGGCCCAGGACUUGAUAAUUGUCCAGGACUUGACAUUGGUCAAGGAAUUGAUAAUGGACUUGAUAGUGGUCCAGGACUUUAUAAUGGCCCACGACUUGAUAGUGGUCCAGGACUUGAUAAUGGACUAGGAUUUGACAGUGGUCCAGGACUUGAUAGUGGUCCAGGACUUUAUAAUGGCCCACGACUUGAUAGUGGUUUAGGACUUGAAAGUGGUCCAGGACUUGAUAAUGGGUUUGAUAAUGGUCCUGGACUUAAUAGUGGACCAGGAUAUGAUAGUGGUCCUGGACAUGAUAAAGGUCCGGGACUUGAAAGUGGUCCAGGUCUUAAUAAUGGUCCAGGACUUGAUAAUGGUCCUGGACAUGAUAGUGGUCCAGUACUUGACAGUGGUGCAGGACUUGAUAAUGGAUUUGAUAUAGGUCCAAGACUAGAUAAUGGUCCAGGACUUGACAGUGGUCCAGGACUAGAAAAUGGUCUAGAACUUGAUAAUGGUCCAGGAUUUGAUAAUAGUCCAGGAUUUGAUAAUGAUCCAUGGCUUGAUAAUGGUCCUGGACUUGACAGUGGACCAGGAUAUGAUAGUGGAUUUGAUAAUGGUCCAGGUCUUGACAGAGGUCCAGGAUCUGACAGUGGUCCAGGACUUUAUAAUGGCCCACUACUUGAUAUGGGUCCAGGAUUUGACAGUAGUCCAGGAAAUGAAAAUGGUACAGUACAUGAUAGUGGUCCUGGACUUUAUAAUGGUCCAGGACUUGACAGUGGUCCAAGACUUGACAGUGGUCGAGGAAUUGAUAAUGGCCCAGAACUUGACAGUGGUCCAGGACUUGAUAAUGGUUCUUUAUUUGAUAGUGAUCCUGGACUUGACAGUUGUCCAGGACAUUAUAGAGUUCCAGGAAUUGAUAAUGGUCAACGACUUGAUAAUGGUCCAGGACUUGAUAAUGGUCUUGGAUUUGAUAGUGGUCCUGGACUUGACAGUGAACUUGACAGUGGUCCAGGUCUUGAUAAUGGUUCAGGAAGAGACAGUGUUCCAGGACUUGUUAAUGGUCCAGGACUUGAUAAUGGUAUAGGACUUGACUGUGGUCCAGGAAUUGAUAAUGGUCCUGGACUUGAUAGAGGUCCAGGACUAGACAGUGGUCCUGGACUUGAUAAGGGACUUGAUAAUAGUUCAGGACUUGAUACUAGUCUAGGAAUUGAUACUGGAUCAGGACUUGAUAGUGAUCCUGGACUUGAUAGUUAUUCAGGACAUGAUAGUGUUCCAGGACUUGAUAAUGGUCAAGGACUUGAUAAUAAUCCAGGACAUGAUAAUUGUCUUGGAUUUGAUAGUGGACCAGGAAUUGAAAAUGGUCGAGGAAUUGAUAAUGGCCCAGAACUUGACAGUGGUACAGGUCUUGAUAAUGGUUCAGGAAUAUACAGUGGUCCAGGACUAUAUAAUGGCCCAGGAGUUAAUAUUGGUCCAGGACUUGACAAUGGUAGAGAUUAUGACAGUGGUCCAGGACUUGAUAAUGGCCCAGGAGUCAUUAUUGGUCCAGGACUUGAUAUUGGACUUGAUAAUGGUAAACUACUUGAUCAUAGUCCAGGACUUGAUAGUGGUCCAGGACUUGAUAAUGGUCCAAGACUUGAUAGUGAUCCUGGACUUGACAGUUGUCCAGGACAUGAUAGUGUUCCAGGACUUGAUAAUGGACUUGAUAAUGGUACUGGACUUGAUAUUGAUCCAGUACUUGAUAAUGGUCCUGGACUUGAUAGUGGUCCAGGCCUUGACAGUGGGAAAGGACUUGAUAAGGGCCCACGACUUGAUAGUGGUCCAGGACUAAAUAAUGAUCCAGGAAUUGACAGUGGUGCAGGACUUUAUAAUGGCCCAGGAGUUAAUAUUGGUCCAGGACUUUUUAAUGGUAGAGGACUUGACAGUGGUCUAGGACUUGAGAGUGGUCCAGGACUUGAUUAUGGCCCACGACUUGAUAGUGGUCCAGGACUUGAUAUUGGUCCAGGAUUUGCCAGUGAUCCAGGACUUGACAGUGGUCCAGGACUUUAUAAUGGCCCACGACUUGAUAGUGGUCUUGGACUUGACAGUGUUCUAGGACUUGAUAAUGGAUAUGAUAAUGGUCCAGAGGUUGAGAAUGGUCCUGGACUUGAUAGUGGACCAAGAUAUGAUAGUGGUCCAGUAUAUGAUAAUGGUCCAGGACUUGUUAAUAGUUCAGGACUUGAUUGUUAUCCAGCACUUGAUAAUGGUCCAGAACUUGAUAAUGGUCCAGAACUUGAUAGUAGUCCAGGACUUGAUAAUGGUCAAGGACCUGAUAGUGGUCCAGGUCUUAAUAUUGGUCCAGGACUUAAUAAUGGUUCAGGACUUGAUAGAAGUCUAGGACUUGAUAAUGGUGCAGGACUUGACAGUGAUCCAGGACUUCAUAAUGGUCAAGGACUUGAUAAUGGUCCAAUAUUUGAUAUUAGUCCAGGACAUGAUAAUGGUCCAAGGCUUGAUAAUGGACUUGAUAAUGGUCUUGGAUUUGGUAGUGGUCGAGGACCUGACAGUAGUGCAGGACUUGAUAAUAUCUCAGUACUUGAUAGUGGUCCAGGACUUGACAGUGGUCAAGGACUUGAUUUUGGCCCAAGACUUGAUAAUGGUACAGGACUUGAUAAUAGUCCAGUACUUGAUAAUGUCCCUGGACUUGAUAGUGGUUCAGGAAUUGACAGCGGUCAAGGACUUGACAGUGGUCCAGGACUUGACAGUGGUCCAGGACUUUAUAAUGGCCCACGACUUGAUAGUGGUCCAGGACUUGACAUUGGUCCAGUACUUGAAAAUAGUACAGUACAUGAUAGGGGUCCAGGACUUGAUAAUGGUCCAGGACUUGAAAAUGGUCGAGGAAUUGACAAUAACCCAGAACUUGACAGUGGUUCAGGUCUUGAUAAUGGUUCAAGAAUAGACAGUGGUCCAGGACUCUAUAAUGGCCCAGGAGUUAAUAUUGGUCCAGGACUUGAUAAUGGUAGAGAAUAUGACAGUGGUCCAGGACUUGAUAAUGGCCCAGAAGUUAUUAUUGGUCCAGGACUUGAUAUUGAUCUUGAGAAUGGUUCAGGAACAGACAGUGGUCCAGGAGUUGAUAAUGGUCCAGGACCUAAUAAUGACGCAGGACUUGAUAAUGGUUCAGGACUUGAUAUAGGUCCAAGACUUGAUAAUGGUCCAGGACUUGACAGUGGUCCAGGAGCUAAUAAUGGACAAGGAAUUGAUAAUGGUCCAGGAUAUGAUAAUUGUCCAGUAUUUGAUAUUGGUCCAGGGCUUGAUAAUGGUCGUGGACUUGAUAGUGGACCAGGAUAUGAUAGUGAUCCAGGACAUGAUAGUGGUCCAGGACUUGAUAAUAGACUUGAUAAUGGUACUGGACUUGAUAAUGAUCUAGUACUUGAUAAUGAUCUAGUACUUGAUAGUGGUCCAGGACUUGAUAAUGGUCCAGGUCUUGACCGCGGUACAGGACCUGACAGUGGUCCAGGACUUUAUAAUGGCCCACGACUUGAUAGGGGUCCAGAAUUUGACAGUGGUCCAGGACUUGAAAAUGGACUUGAUAAUGGUCAAGGACCUGAUAGUGGUCCAGGUCUUAAUAAUACUCCAGGACUUGAUAAUGGUUCAGGACUUGAUAGAAGUCUAGGACUUGAUAAUGGUGCAGGACUUGACAGUGAUCCAGCACUUGAUAAUGGUCGAGGACUAGAUAAUGGUCCAGGAUUUGAUAUUAGUCCUGCACAUGAUAAUGGUCCAAGGCUUGAUAAUGGACUUGAUAAUGGUCCAGUACUUGAUAAUGUCCCUGGACUUGAUAGUAGUUCAGGAAUUGACAGCGGUCCAGGACUUGACAGUGGUCCAGGACUUUAUAAUGGCCCACGACAUGAUAGUGGUCCAGGACUUGACAUUGGUCCAGUACUUGAAAAUAGUACAGUACAUGAUAGGGGUCCAGGACUUGAUAAUGGUCCAGGACUUGAAAAUGGUCGAGGAAUUGAUAAUGGCCCAGAACUUGACAGUGGUCCAGGUCUUGAUAGUGGUUCAGGAAUAGACAAUGGUCCAGGACUCUAUAAUGGCCCAGGAGUUAAUAUUGGUCCAGGACUUGAUAAUGGUAGAGAAUAUGACAGUGGUCCAGGACUUGAUAAUGGCCCAGGAGUUAUUAUUGGUCCAGGACUUGAUAUUGGACUUGACAGUGAUCGAGGAAUUGAUAAUGGCCCAGAAAUUGACAGUGGUCCAGGUCUUGAUAAAGGUUCAGGAAUAGACAGUGGUCCAAGACUUUAUAAUGGCCCAGGAGUUAAUAUUGGUCCAGGACUUGAUAAUGGUAGAGAACAUGACAGUGGUCCAGGACUUGAUAAUGGUUCAGGAAUUGACAGUGGUGCAGGACUUUAUAAUGGCCCAGGAGUUAAUAUUGGUCUAGGACUUGAUAAUGGACUUGACAGUGGUCCAGGAAUUUAUAAUGAUCUAGUACUUGAUAAUGAUCUAGUACUUGAUAGUGGUCCAGGACUUGAUAAUGGUCCAGGUCUUGACCGGGGUGCAGGACCUGACAGUGGUCCAGGACUUAAUAAUAGCCAACGACUUGAUAGGGGUCCAGGACUUGACAGUGGUCCAGGACUUGAAAAUGGUACAGUACAUGAAAGUGGUCCUGGACUUGAUAAUGGUCCAGGACUUGACAGUGGCCCAGGACUUGACAGUGAUCGAGGAAUUGAUAAUGGCCCAGAAAUUGACAGUGGUCCAAGACUUUAUAAUGGCCCAGGAGUUAAUAUUGGUCCAGGACUUGAUAAUGGUAGAGAACAUGACAGUGGUCCAGAACUUGAUAAUGGUUCAGGAAUUGACAGUGGUGCAGGACUUUAUAAUGGCCCAGGAGUUAAUAUUGGUCCAGGACUUGAUAAUGGUAGAGGACUUGACAGUGGUCUAGGACUUGAGAGUGGAUUUGACAGUGGUCGAAGACUUGACAAUGGUCUAGGACUUUAUAAUGGCCUUCGACUUGAUAGUGGUAUAGGACUUGACAGUGGUCCAGGACUUGAUAAUUGUCCAGUACUUGAUAGUGGUUCAGGACUUGACAGUGGUAAAGGACUUGAUAAUGGCCCAGGAGUUGAUAGUGGUCUAGGACUUGAUAAUGGUCCAGGACUUGACAGUGGUUCAGGACUUGACAGUGAUCCAGGACUUGAUAAUGGCCCAGGACAUGAUAGUGGUCGAAGACUUGACAGUGCAUACAAGGUAAAGACACAAGAGCGACAAAUCAAGGAACUAGUGCAAGAAAAUAAGGUAUGGAAAGUAAUAAGUGGUGAAUUUGACGAAAUUAAUAAGAAAAUAGACUCAUAUGAUGAACAACUCUUAGGAACGCUGAAGACCAACAGAGAGUUAGGCAAGGAUAUGCACACACAAACUUCACUGACAACACACGUAGAGGAGCUUAAUAAAGAACUAGAGAAGUAUAAAGAGGAAAUAAAAGAGAUUUAUGCACAAGUUGUAAUAGAGAAAGAGACGAUCAACGAACCAUAA